GUCACGAAUCAUGAGAUCCAUUUUCUUUUUCCGAAUUGCCUCAUGUCACUCAUCCUGACCCUGAAUCCAAUUGCAACCCCAGUGCCAUGGGGAGCAUUAACUCUAGCAUCGUAUGCUUCUGCGGUCGCUCCUGGCAUCUCGAUCGAGACACGCUACGAUACAGAUGCUAAAAGUUUAUCCUUGAAUGACUCGACACUAGGCUCGGUCUUGACGGACUACUUUGAAAUCCUCGGCGCGAUUGCUCUAAGAGCUGGUCUGAAUGACCAUCUAGCGUUGUCCUCGAAGUUUGUUGAAACCGCCAAAGCACUCUCGGGAAAACUUGGAUUCACGGAACUUGCGACCCUUCUGGACGGCGUUGAUGAUCAUCUGGCAUAUAGAACAUACCUGACUGGUCACUCUCCUACGCUACCUGAUUGGGCGGUGUGGGGCGCCAUAAAAGGCAGCCUCCAAGCAAUUGGCGUCCUGAAAAAGAAUUCUCAUAUCCAUCUUUCGCGAUGGUAUACGCACCUGGAUAGCAUCUCCUCUACCCAGGCAGUCUACACAUCCCUGAAUGAGGCAAAAUCGUCAAAGAAAAAAGCUGCGACCGAAUCUGCUACAUUUGCUCUUGGACUCCCCGGUGCUGUCGAAGGAGGCGUCGUCACUCGCUUUCCACCGGAGCCAUCUGGUUAUCUGCACAUCGGACACGCUAAAGCUGCUCUCCUGAACCAGCACUUUGCGAAAAUGUACAAAGGCAAGAUGAUCGUUCGAUUCGACGACACGAAUCCUAGUAAGGAGAAGUCGGAGUUUGAGGUGUCAAUAUUGGAGGACUUGGCCCUCCUGGGCAUCGAAGGAGACCAGAUUACACAUACCUCUGACUAUUUCUCCCAUCUAUACGAGCAGUGUGUCAAGCUCUUGACAUUAGGGAAUGCAUAUGCAGAUGACACCGAGCAGCAACAGAUGAGAGCAGAGCGUAUGGAUGGCAUUGCGUCAAAAAGACGCGAUUCCAGUGUCCAAGAUAAUCUUAGUAGAUUUUCUGAGAUGACAAAAGGAUCAACUGAAGGCCAGAGAUGGUGUAUACGUGCGAAAAUCAGCGUGGACGACCCAAACAAGGCUCUCCGAGAUCCGGUCAUUUACCGGGGCAAUCCCUUGCCGCAUCACCGGACAGGGGACAAGUGGAAAGUCUAUCCGACGUACGAUUUUGCUUGCCCCUUGGUUGAUAGCCUGGAAGGAGUUACUCAUGCUCUUCGCACGAACGAAUAUCGAGAUCGGAAUCCUCAGUACCAGUGGAUGCUUGAUGCACUCGGUCUCCGCAAAGUGGAGGUCUGGGAUUUCAGUCGUAUCAACUUCAUUUACACCCUUCUUUCCAAACGGAAGUUGCACUGGUUUGUUGAAAACAAGCUCGUCUACGGGUGGGACGACCCCCGUUUCCCUACUGUGCGAGGCAUAAGACGACGCGGAUUAACGAUAGAGGCGUUGAGAGCGUUCAUGUUGGCUCAGGGACCCUCACAGGCUCAGAUGCAAAUGGAGUGGGACCAGAUAUGGACGACUAACAAGAAAAUCAUUGAUCCGAUCGCCCCACGAUUCUGGUCACUGCACAAGGAAAGGCUGGUUCCUGUCACGUUGACAAAUGGACCUACCGCGGAAGAAGUGAAAGAUGUUCCAAAACACAAGAAGAACCCAGAUGUGGGAACCAAAAAGACGGUGUAUUCGUCGAAGAUUUUUGUUGAACAAGAGGAUGCUGUUUCCUUUGAGGAUCAAGAGGAGGUUACGCUCAUGGACUGGGGAAAUGCCUUCAUCCGAAAGAAGGUCUUUGGGCCAGAGGGCGAGGUCACCUCGAUUGAGGCAGAGUUGUUCCUCGAGGGUGACUUCAAGAAGACGAAAAAGAAAAUCACUUGGCUACCACAGCCGACCGCCUCGCAUCAACUUGUCAAUGUCACGCUUCUCGAUUACGACUACCUCAUCACGAAGAAGAAACUUGAGGAGGAUGAUAAUGUUGCCGACUUUGUGACCCCAGUGACUGAGUUUGCUGUCGAAGCCUUUGCGGACGCAAACGUGACGACUUUAAGGAAAGGUGACAUUGUCCAAUUCGAGCGGAAGGGUUACUACAUUCUCGAUUCUACCACCACGUCGACGGACGGAAAUGGGGAGGGGCGCUUCAACUUUAUCAACAUUCCUGAUGGCAGGGCUGCUGGAGUCGCCAGCAAGGCAACUCCUGGCGUUGCAGCACCUUUGGAGAAGAAAGUAGUGGCUGCUGGAGGAUGGGGUAAAGAUGCGCAGUUGAAAUCGAAAGCUACGAAGGCUCUUUCUACCACGGGUAAUGAUCGUAUCAUUUUAUCGGAUGGAGAUAGGGGUUUCCCCAUACCGGUCACUACAAGUAUGUACGAUGUGCCUAUACUUGCUGGAGCUAUCGAUCCCAAGGCGGACACGAAGAUGUACGAAGUGGAUAACGUGUAUCAUCCCAAGCCAUGAAAGGUUCUUUUCGAGUUGGAAUUUGAUUACCAUUAUAAGAAUUGUUUGAUAACACAUGCCC